AUGGAUCGAUCGUCGGCCUCCCGGCCUGAUCUAUAUCUAAUUGCCGAUAACGAUAGCGUGUACGAGCAAGAUCUUCUCCGGAAUCCUGGCACCAUCAAGCCAUGGCUUGCGUAUAUCGAAUAUAAACAGCAAAAUGGGACUCUUUACGAGCAGGCUUUCGUGGGUCGCCCUCUUGAUGCGUUGAUUAUCAGCAUACUGAACGAUUUCCAGGUCAUGGAACGUGCUUGUAAACAGCUCCCGAGAUCCUACAAGCUUUGGAAGAUGUACUUGGAAUUCCGAACAAAGCAUCUGAAGAACCGCAAUGCGAUCAAGUAUCGGGCUGAGUUUCAGAAAGUCAACACGCUAUUCGAGCGUGCAUUAAUUUUGCUGAACAAGAUGCCUCGCAUAUGGGAGAUGUACCUAACUUUCAUGCUUCAGCAACCGCUUGUCACUCAGACCAGGAGGACCUUUGAUCGGGCGCUGCGAGCAUUGCCCGUAACCCAACACAACCGGAUUUGGAAACUCUACAAGACUUUUGCGCGCUCUGCUUCAGGUCAAACUGCCGUUAAGAUCUGGGCGCGCUACAUGCAAAUACAUCCGGAGAAUGCAGAAGAGUACAUCAACCUGCUUGUGGAAAUGGGCCAUUACACCGAUGCCAUCAAGCGAUACAUGGAGAUUCUCGACAAUCCGCGAUUUCAGUCUCGGGAAGGAAAGAGCAACUUCCAGCUGUGGACUGAGAUGGUUGACUUAUUAGUUUCAAAGGCAAAGAAGAUCGAAACAGGUCCUCAGACUGGCAUUGAUGUGGAUGCUAUCCUUCGCAGCGGCAUUGAUCGAUUUGCCGACCAAAGAGGCAAAUUAUGGGCUGGAUUGGCAACAUACUGGAUCACCAAAGGCAACUUCGAGAAAGCACGAGAUGUUUUCGAGGAGGGCAUUACGACAGUCAUGACAGUUCGUGAUUUCACUCUUAUAUUCGACUCCUAUGUCGAAUUCGAAGAAUCUAUUAUAGGCAGCUUGAUGGAGGCUGCAGCCGUUCGAGCCGAUAAUGGCAAAGCCGACGAGGAAGCCGAUUUCGACCUUGAUUUGCGGAUGCUUAGGUUUGAGCAACUCAUGGACCGGCGGCCAUUCCUCGUCAAUGACGUAUUGCUCAGGCAGAAUCCCAAUAAUGUCAUCGAAUGGGAGAAGAGAGUGGCUCUCUGGGGUGACAACAACGUCGAAAUUGUCAAUACAUACACAGCUGCGAUUGCAGCUAUAAACCCAAAGAAGGCCGUUGGCAAAUUUUCUGAGCUCUGGGUAAACUAUGCGAAGUUCUACGAGCGCGGAGGAGACUUGGACACUGCACGUAUCAUUUUCGAGAAAGCUGUUAAGGUUCCUUUCAAAUCAGUGAAUGAGCUUGCCGAAACAUGGUGUGAGUGGGCAGAGAUGGAGUUGCGCAGUGAAAACUUCGAUAAAGCGGUUGAGAUCAUGGCCAAAGCAACGCAGGCCCCCAAGAAGUCAACAGUUGACUAUUUCGAUGAGACUCUUUCUCCUCAACAGCGCAUCCACAAGAGUUGGAAGCUGUGGAGUUUCUACGUCGAUCUGGUGGAAAGUGUCUCAUCGAUCGAGGAGACUAAGAAAGUGUAUGAAAGGAUUUUCGAGCUACGCAUUGCGACUCCUCAGACUGUAGUCAACUAUGCCAAUCUCCUCGAGGAGCACAAAUACUUUGAAGAGUCAUUCAAAGUAUACGAGCGAGGCUUAGACCUCUUUACAUAUCCAGUUGCAUUCGAGCUUUGGAAUUUGUAUUUGACCAAAGCUGUUGACCGAAAGAUUGGUAUUGAACGUCUGCGAGAUCUCUUUGAACAAGCCCUUGACGGCUGCCCUCCAAAGUUCGCCAGACCUCUCUACCUGAUGUAUGGUAACCUGGAAGAAGAGCGGGGUCUGGCUCGGCACGCCAUGCGAAUCUAUGAACGCGCCACUCGGGCAGUGUCUGACGAAGAUCGGUUUGAGAUGUUCGAGUUCUACAUUACUAAAUCAGCUUCCAACUUCGGAUUACCAUCUACGCGGCCAAUUUAUGAGCGCGCAAUUGCCGCUCUGCCCGACCAUGAGGCUAAAGAAAUGUGCCUUAAAUUCGCUGAGAUGGAAAGGAGACUGGGCGAGAUUGACCGUGCUCGUGCCAUCUACGGACAUGCAUCUCAGUUCUGCGAUCCCCGCACCAAUGCGCCCUUCUGGCAGAAAUGGGAGGCCUUUGAAGUCCAACAUGGAAACGAAGAUACAUUUAAGGAAAUGCUGCGGAUCAAGAGAAGUGUUCAAGCUCAAUACAACACCGACGUCAACUUCAUCGCCUCGCAAGCCAUCGCCCGCAGCCAACAACGGGCUCCGGAAGGCGAAGAAGCCACAGCCGCAGCGGAGAGAGAAAUGGACACCGAAACCACAGAUGCCAUGGCUGCCUUGGAACGACAAGCCCGUGCGCCUAUCGGCUUUGUCGCUGCUAGUACCGGCCCUGAAGGCGGUAAUCGUGCUCCCCCUGCAGGUCAAGGCCCCGUCGCCGCCCCAGCUAAUCCCGACGCCAUCGACCUCGACGACGACAUGGAAGCUGACUAG